CUAACUGGGGCACUUUGCUUGCUUUGUAUCCGAGUCCCUUUUUGGAUAGAGUCUUUUACAAAUUAAACCUUUUUUUCCCCCUCCAUCUAUGGAAAGACAAACAUGAAAACAUUACAAGGACUUAUUGUCUGAAUGGAAAAGAUACAAUGGUAGUGAAAGAUUCUUAGCAAUAAGAAGGAAACCUCAGCAAAAGCUAAUUUAAAAAAAAUAUUAUAGGCAUUGAAUAUAAAUUAGAUGCUAGAUUAUUUAAAGAGCAUUUAAAAGCUCACAUUUUUGAGGGGGAUUUCUAGGAAAGAGAAAUAAACAAAAGAAAUUUGGAAAAGCUGGACUGAAAAAUAAUUCUCAUUAUUUAUAUUUUGUACCGGCGAGGGCAACAAGGAAAAUAGCGAAAACGCAACUUACAAAUACGUAUAUAAAUAUAUCUAAUAGGUCACCAAAAGGGAUUUUUUUUAGGAAGUAGAAACAACAUUUCUGUUAAAUAUGUCUGACCAAGAGAUUGAGGACUAUGAUGUGGAGAGUAUGUCGGACACCUCUCGGAUGAUCCCAGGCCUCCCCCCCUAUAAUAUGGAUGACCAGCUCCUACCAAUGGAGUCACGGAGCAGAUGGGGUUGUUGGAUUUGGACAUUGUUUGUCUCUGGAGCAAACUUGGUGGCUUUUCUUGUUAACUUCAUAAUCCUGGCUAUCAUUUUCACCAUCGUUCUGACACCAACUAUUGUGGUGGUGUAUUUUGGGUUUAAAUGUCACUCCAGGGUGCUCCACUCUAACGCUUCAUACUGCAAGACCCUUCUGGAUGACAACAGCUCAUCAGCGCUCAUUAUACUUGGCUUCGUCAUGAUGUCUCCUCUGAUAGUGCUGGCUAUGGCUGUAUAUUGUGGCCUUGCAAGACGACUGCGACUUUUCAUGUUCUUCCAGCCCUACACCCGAGCCCUAUAUAAAGGAGUGAGAUGGAGAUGGUACGAAGAGGGCGGCUUAUGCGGUUGUGUUAGGGAAUGGAACAAUCAUGUAAAGGCUUGGGUAUAAAUUCUUCUAAGACUGACAAUGAGGCCAAGGUGUCAUAUAUUCUAAACAAAGAAUCCUCAUUGGAUGAGCACUGUCUUUGGUAAAUUGUGCAUAUAAGCAAACUCAGGUCUCCUGCCUCUGGUGUCUGGUUUGUAUAACCCAAAGUCCAAACUGCUAUCAGUUGCCAACUCAGAUAGCCCAUCUUUAAUGUGCAGUCCAACUAUUAUCUUAUAUGGUUGUAUAUUAUUUGGUAUUAUUUAGUAUUCUUUAUACAUAAAAGCCAACAGAAUAAAUGUAUAUAAAUAUAUUAGAAGUGUUAGAAAAAUAUAACAAAUAAUUCAAGCUGUUUUAGUGUUUUAUUAUACAUUGAUUGCAUUGUACAACUAUUCUUUGUAAAUUAUAGUGCAGAAUUGUGUGUGUAGAACUCUCAUAGGCUCCCAUGCUAAGUGGUGUAAACAGCUGCCAAUUAUUUGAAUGCAUACUGUUUCACUAAUGCAAUAUAAAUCAGAAACGUACCAGAAUAUACUUUGUAAUCUUGCAGCUGUAUACAUUUGUUAACUGCAUAACUAUUGACACUACAUGCUUGUCUGUGUUGCAUGCAAAAGGUUAUGAUAAAGAGCACAUUAAGGAAGUGACAUUUUUCAGAAUGUACCAUACAGCUACCUAAAUAACUAAACCGGCUCAGUGUACAUUUUUAAUAAAACAGUUAAUUUGCCAUAUGUUGUUUCAAUCUGCUCUGCAAAAGUAUGCCAUUUGAAUGACUUAAAGGGACAUUCAAAAUUAAACUUUGAUGAUUUAGUGUACAAUUUAAAAAAUAAAUAAAUGUGUUAUCAAAUGUA